UGAAUUAAGUGAUUCCAACAUAUAUUAUACCUAUAAUAUUUUUUAUAUGUAAUGAAAUGGAAACUGAUAUUUGAAAACUUGUAUAUUCUAGUCCAUAACGGCAUGAAGACAAAUACAAUAAACAAAACUCAGCAACACUAUAAUUAUAAAGCAAUUUUAUCUCUGCUGCAAUUUUACCUCAUUCAUUAUAUAGGUUAUCUGAGCGAAGAACUGGUUUAGGUUUGCGUCGCUGUGUCACGCUUGCGCACUAGGGCCAAAAAUGCGGAUGCAGUUUUUGUGAUUUUCGAUGCAGGCGGCAAGUACCGACGUAAAGAAAAGUAGUCUAAGGGGUUUAUUACAUCGCAUAAGUUGCAUUUAAAAGUGAAAGUUUAACUUUUCAUAGAAGUUUAAGAUGGGAUCACCAGGACUUCGAUCAGAGUUGGAGGAGUACCUAAAGCAGCUUAACAUUGAAACUGUCUGCGUUGACCACCCGGAGGUGUUUACCGUGGAGGAAAUGAUGCCGCACGUGCAGCACCUUAAGGGAGCUGUCACGAAAAACCUUUUCCUCAAGGAUAAGAAGAAGAAGGGCCUUUGGCUUGUGUCCGCCCGACACGACCGUCAGGUAAACCUGAACGACUUGGCCAAGAAGCUGGGUGUUGGCAGCGGAAACCUCCGCUUUGCCGAGGAAUCGGUCAUGCUGGAGAAGCUGAAGGUGGCCCAAGGCUGUGCCACGGCUUUGGCACUCUUCUGCGACCAGGAAAAAAGCAUCAAAUGUGUGCUGGACAGCGACCUGGUGACUGGGGGUCACGAAAGGGUGUAUUUUCACCCCAUGACCAAUGCAGCCACUAUGGGGCUGACACCAGAUGAUUUACUGAGAUUCUUAAGGGAAACAGGACAUGAACCGAUUCUGCAGAGCUUUGAUUAGAGGACGCAGCUCUGGCUCAGGUUAUGUGGUACAUUGCUGGCUGAUAAGUGGCCACCCACAAUUAAGUUGUUUUUGUUAUAGAAUGUAAUUCAGGCAAUUAUUUUUACUCCAAGUACUGAUUUUAGUUAUGUUAAUUUUCUGGCAUUAAAAGGAAUUUAUGCCCAGCAGAA